CCUAUGCCAUGUUGUCAAGGCUGCAAGAACAAAGAUGGCCAGUGACUGCUACACUGUCUGACCCAGAAGUGACCCAAAGAGGGAAACAUUACCUGGAUCUCAAACCCGACCAGUGGAGCCUGACUGAGGAGCUCAACCAGGUCCUUGAGCCCUUCCACUCUGCCACAGUUUUUAUGAGUGGAGAGCAAUAUGUUACGCUUUCUGCACUUCCACAUGUUGUUGACAAAAUUAAGAAGUCACUCCAGAGUCAGAAUCUCGAGUCACCACCUGUGGUGUCAUUCCAGACUCAUGCAAAAGAACAGGUCACAACAAGAUGGAAAGACUUGGGUAAGUUCAAACCUGAGUCUCCAAACAUCACACUGCUUGCUGCUUCUCUGGAUCCCAGGUUUCAAAAACUCAAAUUCUUUCCUGCUGACCAAGCAUUUGGAGUCAAAAACGCAUUGCAAACCUUGGCACUUGCUGUCGAGCAGCAACUGAGGCCUACUGGAUGUGGAAAUGAAGCAUCCAGCACAGCAGAGGGUGCUCCGUCUACAGCACAUAAAGACAAGAUGACCACAUCCUUCCUUGACUCGGACUCCACCAGCAGUGAUGAAGAGCAAGAUGAAGAACAGCUGUCAAAUGAAGCUAUACAGAACGAGGUCUUGGCAUAUUUCGGAGAACAGUCCCUUCCAAAGAAGGAUGAUCCUCUGAUCUGGUGGAAAGCUAAUGAACAACGCUUUCCAACAUUGGCGAAGCUGGCAAACUCCCUGCUCUGCAUUCCAGCUACAUCCACCCCAUCCGAGCGGUUGUUUUCCGCAGCAGGUAAUAUCGUGUCAAAGAAGAGGGCAAGCCUCAGCCCUGAGCAUGUAGAUAUGCUCACCUUCCUUCACUGCAACCACACGCUCCUUGGAUGGAUUGUACUUCCACUCCCCGGGCAGUCUCUUGAGGACAGUUUAAAAUCCUUGUUUACAGUAGUAGGACUUGUGGGCCAAGUUACUGUCUUACGUCAGUUCUGAAUGUAAAGUUGCACAUUUGAAGGACCCUGUUAACGGCACAAUUUAUUGCACAUUCUUUUUGAUACUAAGAGUGAUAACUUGCUUUUUUGUUAUUCAAAGAAUAUUUUUAUUUUUUUAUGUAACUGUCUCAGGGAAUGUUAAGUUUAAAGUAAUAUUAUUUAUAUUUGUGUUUUCAUCUCAAAUGUUAAGGUGGAAGUAAUUUUAGUCCUCUGAUUUUUCUAAAGAAACAAUUACUAUUUUCCAUUAUACAAACACAUUAAUAAAAUGUCAUUUAUACAUAACAUUUAAAUUUGUUGUUCUCAUUAUUAAGUCUGUCUUUUUUAUAUUGUAUAUUUAUAAUUGAACCUUAAUUUAGCAAAAGUAUGUUUUAUUCGAUUACUCGAUUAAUCGAUCCGGAUAUUCGAUAGAAUACUCGAUUACUAAAAUAUUCGAUAGCUGCAGCCCUACUAUUAAGCAGACAAGUCACCAGAUUGUAACCAGGGGCAGAAGCUCAAGGCAACUGCCAAGAGAAUCUGUGUGUGUGUGUGUGUGUGUGUCUGUGUGCGAGCGUGUGUGUGUGUGGGUGU